UCUGUCCCCGCCCACUGCCGCUCUCGCUCGCUUUCUCUCCCCUCAGUUGUCAGCGUUUCGGUCCGGAGUGGAGAUCGACAGCCAGAAAGCCAUCGGGUUGGAGAAUUGAGCAGCUAUGGCUACAGACUCUCCCCGCCGUCCCAGCAGAUGUACAGGUGGAAUCAUGGUCCGACAUCAGGCAGUCACGGAACAAUCAUACAUGGAGAGUGUUGUCACCUUUCUGCAAGAUGUAGUUCCACAGGCAUACACUGGCUCACCUCCAACGGAUGAGAAGGAAAAAAUAGUCUGGGUCCGUUUUGAGAAAGCUGAUAUUAAUGAUCUUGCGAGGAAUCCAGAGUAUCAUGAAAUGAACAAUGCUGUAAAUGACCCCCCAUUGCUGCUUCUCAUCGGAUACGCAGAUGGAAUGCAAAUUUGGAGCAUUCCUAUGAGUGGUGAGGCUCAGGAGUUGUACUCAGUCCGGAAUGGUCCCAUUCGAACAGCCCGUGUCCUGCCUGCACCACAGACUAGUCUUCACAAAAUUGAUAAUUUUGCUGAGAAAAGGCCACUCCUUGGUGUGUGCAAAAGUACAGGAUCAGCAGGCCCACCAUAUUGCUGUGUGGAUCUAUACUCACUUCGAAGUGGUGAAAUGGUCAAGUCCAUCCAGUUUAAAACCCCCAUCUAUGAACUGCAUUGUAACAAAAGGGUUUUGGUAGUUGUGUUACAGGAAAAGAUUGCCACCUUUGACAGCUGUACUUUCACCAAAAAAUUCUUCGUCACAAGUUGUUUUCCAUGUCCAGGUCCAAAUCCCAACCCAAUAGCAUUGGGAAGCCGCUGGCUUGCCUAUGCUGAAAACAAGCUCAUCCAUUGCCAUCGAUCCCGUGGUGGGGCCUGUGGUGACAACGUCCAGUCAUACACUGCAACAGUCAUCAGCGCCGCCAAAACACUCAAGACAGGACUGACCAUGUUUGGGGAAGCAGUUGGGCGUUUGGCUGGCAGCCUACCCUCAGGACCUGUUGAGGACGAGGUUUCUACCCAUAGUACCUCCCGACGUAGCCCACACAUUCCUGGAGUUGUCACAAUCAUUGAUACUGAGACGGUCGGGGAAGGACAGGUACUUGUCAGUGAGGAUGCUGAAGGUGAAGGCAUUGUGGCUCAUUUCCUGGCCCAUGACAAUAAACCCAUUUCCUGCAUGGCAUUUAACCCCAGUGGAAUGUUGCUGGUUACCACUGACACACAAGGCCAUGACUUUCAUGUAUUUCGAAUCUUGACGCAUCCAUGUUCAUCGUCACAGAGUGCCGUGCAUCAUUUAUACACUUUACAUCGUGGAGAGACAGAGGCUAAGGUGCAAGAUAUUUGCUUCAGCCAGGACUGUCGCUGGGUAGUAAUUAGCACACUCCGGGGUACGUCGCAUGUGUUUCCAGUAAAUCCUUAUGGUGGACAGCCUUCUGUUAGAACACACAUGUCUCCCCGUGUGGUGAAUCGCGUGAGUCGAUUCCAGAAGAGUGCUGGGCUGGAAGAUAUAGAACAGGAGCUGUCGACCAAACAGGGUGGGCGCUGCAGUCCAGUGGCAGGCCUCUCAAGCAGCCCCUCUGGGUCACCACUUCACAAUAAACUGAGCAACCAGGACUGUUACAACAGCUUCACAAAUAACAACCUAGGAAAUCCACGACUCUCACCAAUCCCAACUCUGACGAUUGUUUUGCCCCUGGCACAGAUCAAACAGCCUAUGACACUGGGAACCAUCACAAAGCGUACAGGACCUUACCUGUUUGGGGCAGGAUGUUUUUCCCUAAAAGCUCCAUGUAAAAGCAAGUCCAGAUCAGCCCCACAGAUUUCACCAAGCAAGGCUGCUGGUGGAGAAUUUUGUGUUGCUGCCACUUUUUCUUCAUCACGAUCCUGGUUAAUAGCCAAUCCUGGCCUAAAGCGGGAGAAAGAUCAAUCAAAACAGUCAGUAGUGGAUUCCCUGUUCAUUAUUAGUUGCUAUGGCAACCUCGUGGAACACACAAUUGAGCCGCGUCCUGUCAACACUGUGCAGAAGAUCAAUGAUGAUACUCAGCUGGAGCUGUUAACAUGUCCCCGAGCCAGCUGGUCUCUGGCCAGGACUCCACAGUGGAAUGAACUCCAACCACCAUUCAACGCAAACCAUCCUUUGCUGCUCAGUGCUGAUGCUGUCCAACACUGUCAGAAUCAGCUGGCUGGUUUGGUUUCGCCUGUCAGUCCAGCACCCAGUUUUAUACGCCAUGAGUCUUAUGACAGCCUGGGAUCAGACAACAGUGGUCAAGAAGAUGAGGAGUGGUUGUCACAGGUUGAGAUUGUGACGCAUACAGGACCCCACAGGCGCCUGUGGAUGGGUCCACAGUUUCAGUUUAAGACCAUCCAUCCUUCAGGACAAACAACAGUUAUUUCUUCCAGUUCCUCAGUACUUCAGUCACAGGGACCCAGUGACACCCCACAGCCACUUAUGGACUUUGAUACUGAUGAUCUAGAACUCAAUAGUCUGAGAAUCCAGCCAGUCCGCUCAGAACCUGUUAGCAUGCCUGGAUCAUCAAGAGUAAUUGCUGACCGGAGAACUCUUUCAACAGUGAUUGAUGCUGGAUCAGGAACAUUUGACCGCAGCGUGACACUAUUGGAAGUGUGUGGCAGUUGGCCAGAGAGUUUUGGACUGCGUCAUAUGUCUUCUAUCGAUAAUACAGACGAAGGUCUCCGUGAACGUCUGGCAGAUGCCAUGUCUGAAUCACCCAGCAGGGACAUUGUAGGUUCAGGGACAGAGCUCCAGCGAGAAGGAAGUAUCGAGACCCUGAGCAACAGUUCCGGUUCCACCAGCGGAAGCAUCCCGCGCAAUUUUGAGGGCUACCGCUCACCACUGCCCACCAAUGAAAGCCAACCACUCAGCCUCUUCCCAACAAGUUUCAACUAAGCACCCUCUCCCAUCCCUCCAGCCACCACCUCCAUUAACAUCGGAGCUUGUGUCCCUCUUAUUGUACAAACUUUAGUGCAACAAAUAAUGCGUAGAUCAACCGGGUAGAACAUGAGAUAUGACCUCUCUCUGCACACCUCCCCCCUCCCCCAAGUAACGGCUGGACUGAAACAGUGUCGUCUCAGUAGUAGUGGCAGGAAGGUGGAGAGGUGAAGGCUUUCCCCCUGUAGUUUCCAGUUUAUGCUGAUUUGUGUAACUUGCAAGUGCCCUUUGGGCUUUCUAAUUCUCCAGAGCUGGCAAAUCCCCUUUACUCCCCACCAAUUUCAUACACUGACAAACGGAAGGCCUCAGAGCUGCUGGAUCAAGGCUGUACUGACAUCUACAUCAUUUCUUGUUUGUUUCCAUUUGUCAAUUUAAACAUGCAGCAAAGUGGCAGCCCUUUUAUUUGUAAGGUUGGAGACAGCCAUGUUGUGUGUGUCUGUGUGUGGUUUUGCUUUUUUGCCUUAAAUUGACACAGUUUUAAGUUUUAUCAGAAACCUGCUAUUUUCUAAAGAGGUCUUGUCCUUUCAGUAGAUUCCUGUGAAAGGAAUUCCAUCAUAUUAAACAGCACAGGGAGUAAUCUGUCCUCUGACUCACUUAACUUUCCUAAAGCUGUGAGUGCUGUUGAUCUCCUUGCUGUAGUGGGAUGGUGGGGUGCAGAAGAGGUUAGGGAAGUGAAAUGGUUAGUGUGAGCAUACUUGAAACAGCAAGGAUCACAGGAGUAAGCUGUAGGCGUCUUUGAACUUAGUUCCAGACUCUGAGGCCUCUGUGGUCCCUGUUUCUAAAUUCCAAAGGAAAAAAUUUGAAAAGAAAUUGUGAGGGCAGAGAUUGCUAAUGGGAUUUCAGUGCCAAGGUUCACAAAAAUCCCUUUAAAUAUUAGCAGCUAUUAAUGAGCAUUUUUGUCCUCUACCUAAUUUUUCCCCUCUUGAAGUCCUGACUCUUUCUAUCCUGCAGCAUCCACAGAAAUGUCAGUCCUCGGGUAUUUAUUCCAUGUUAUCAGGUUUCAUGAUAAUUUGGCUCUAGAGAAGAAUUAAUUCCCUCCCUCAAUUGAUGACCACACAAAGCCCCUUUCCUGCAGGAUCAGUGAAUAGUAAUCAGGUGGAGGAACCUGGCUGUUUACUUUCUUCCCAAGCUCAUAUGGAGCAGAUGUUGACUGUAGCCAUCCCAGACUGGGAAUUGAGGUAGGAACCUCUCAUCUCUGCUGCAUCCUACACCUGGCACACCAGGCCUUUAAUUUAGAAAAAUUGAAAUUACACAGUGAAUUAACAAACCUGCAGUGAAAAUAAGAGCAUGUUUGUAAGUAUUUGUGUUAAUCUGUUGAUACUAAAUUUUUCUGUGUAAUGUAAGGCUAAAGAAACUUCUUGUCUUCCAAUAUAUCUUUCUCAAGCUGGAAGGUAAUCAGCACCCCUUGACCAGUGCUUCAGAGUGCUAUGUAAAGAGCUUUGGCAUGAGUGGCCAGGGAGAGUUAUCUUCCAAUUUUCUCUCCUUCCCUUAGUUAAUCCCAAGUGAAAUCUCAGAUAGGACCAUAUGACGAAUCCUACAAACAAGCCCUUUUCCUUUCACGCUCUGGAAUUACACCCAGAUACACUCGCAUUAUUCAGCAAGGUUACAGCAAAAAGCACUGGCACUCUGUUCUACUGCCAAGCUAUGGCUACUGUGUUUCUGGUUCAAAAAAUUUGUUUUUAAAUUUAUAACACUUUGUUGAAAGAAAAGUGGAACAGUUCCAACUUUCUUGUAUUCAUUUAUGGGAAGUGGGAAUCACCAGCAAGGCCAGGAGAAGGUGGGAGUAAGCUGCCUUCUUGAACCACUGCAGUUCAUGUGGUGUAGUUAUACCCACAGUGCUCUUGGAGAGUUGAUUUAAACAUUUUUUGUGCUUUCAUGCCAAUGAGUUCAAUGUUAUGGAGUCAGGGUCUCAAAUCCCCACCUUCCUAACAAGGUUGUAGGGUCUGAGAUGACACUUCCCCAUUUAACAACAGUGCCUUCAUGAAGGCAACGCGAUUUUGCCAUCUCCUGGACUGCAGGUUAUGAUGGUAAAAGUGUGGGCGAUUGACUGGAGCCUUUGUGCAUCAUUCACUGAAAUCCUGUCUGAGUCCGAGGCCACCAAUGUAAUCAGCAGCCAUCGGUUUUCUCAUUUGGACUGAGUUGCUCCCUCAAGAACAGGCUGAGCAACCACAGUACACAAACCACAAACAGCAACACAAUGAUUUGCUGAAUGAAUCAUCCCUGAACAUGUUGUCUGUGUGAGGACAUUGACAUUGUUGAAUUUUGGGAACAUUGCUGUUUUUCAGAAAUUCUUUUGGCUAGAUUUCCUUCCUUUCGGAAAAUGUGAAUUUCAUUGUCGUACAGGUUUCGCAGAGACUAAUUGUCAAUCGUAUGCACAUUCCAUGGACAUUGACUCUCACUGGCAUAUGAAUCCGACACACACUGAACCUCACAGGGGUAUUGGUUCAACAGAUACGGCCUCUCACUAGAGUAUAGGUUCCAUCAAUACUAAUUCUCACUAGGGUACGAGUUACAGAGUCAUAGAGUUUUUACAGCACAGUAAGACAGUCGUUGGCAUGUUGUGUCUGCACUGCUGGUCUGGCACCUAUCCACUCUGCUCUAUUUUCCAGUAUUUGGCCCAUAGCCUUGUAUGCUGUGGUGUUUCAAGUGUUUAUCUAAAUACUUCUUAAAUGUCUGGAGGGUUCCCAACUCUACCACCCUUUCAGGCACUAAUUUCAAACACCCACCACACACUGGGUGAAACCUCCUGCCCUUUACUUUAAAUCUAUGUUUUCUUAUUAUUAAUACCUCUACCAAGGGGAAAUGUUUCUUCCUGUCUUCCCAAUUUAUGCCCUUCUUUGUCCUGUCCAGCCUUUUCUGCUCCAAGGAAAAUAGCUCCAGCUUAUCUAGUCUCUCAUCAAAGCAGGAAUUCUCCAGAUUGGCCAGUGUUCUGGUGAAUCUUAUCUGCACCCUACCUAGAGCUAUCACACUCUUCCUUUCAGAGUAUGGUGACCAGCACUGCACAGAAUAAUUCACCUGUGGUCUAACUCAUGAUUAUUACAGCUCCAUCAUAACCUCACUGCACUUGCAUUAAAUGCCUUGACAUAAAGGCAUGUAUCCCGUAUGCCUUUGUAACAAUCUUAUCCACCUGUCUUAUUGCCUUCAAGGAUGUGUUGGCAUGUACACCUAGGCCUCUCAUUUUCAGUACUUCUUGGGGCCCUGUCAUUCAUUAUGUACUACCUUGCCUGGUAAGUUGUUCAAAAUGCAUUGCCUCACACUUUUCAGGAUUAAAUUCUAUUUGCCACUGUCCUGUCCCCAGAUGCUGUCUCUCAUUAGGGUAAGGGUUCCACAUGCUGGGGUGUGGCGCCCCCGCACGCGCUAACUAUCAGUGGGGUAUGGAUUCUAUUGACAUUGACUGUCACUCAUGUAUGAGUCCUACAUACAUUGAGUCUCACUGAGGUACAGGUUUGAAACACACUUUCUCUUGUGUAGAGUUUACAAAGACAGUUAAUUUCAACUUUCACUGACAUAAACGUCCACAGGUAUUGAAUCUCACUGGAGUACAUCUCCCAUUGAUAUGGAUCCUUACCUGGGGUUUUGGUUCAACAGACACUCUGACUCUAACCAGGGUACAAUUUCACAGUCAGUGGCUUACACUCAGUCUCCUUGUGGUAUGGGUUCCACAGAAACUGAAUCUCACUGGAGUAUAGCUUCCAAAGAUGUUGAUCUUCUCUAAAGUGUAGUUUCCAUAAACACUAACUCUCACUGGAAUAUGGAUUCCAUAGGUACUGACUGUAACUGGGAUUGUAUAGCAUAUUGAGUGAGACAAUGAGAAUUCCUCUCAUUGGGUAAACAUUUCAAGAUUAUUAACUGUUACUCUGGCAUAUGUUCAACUGGCCUUUUCUGAGCCUGACAAGGAUUCCAUGUGUUUUGAUUUGCACUAGGUUAUCAAAUUCAUUUGUGUUGAUUCUUGUUGGGAUUCAGGAUAAAUAAAUUUUGAUUCUUGCUGAGGUACUGGGCUCUAUUAGCACUAUUGCUUGGAUGUGAGAUCCUUAGGAACUGAUACUUGCUGGGUUAUGAUUUGACAAGUACUAACAGUGGCACAUGGGCUUCACGGGGACAUGGAUUCAAUGGACAUUCUUGGCAUGUGACCAUGCAGCUGGAUAUUUUAACAUAGGAGGUGCUCAGUGUAUUUGCAACCUCAGGCAAAGUAAAUCAAAAGUAAAUAAUCCUUCCACCUCACCUCAGUACACAAUUGCCAAAGCCAGUUGUAACUACCAGGACAUUUUUAGGCAAAUAAUUAACUCUGCAUAGGUCAGAGAUUAAUCCUGGUACUCUCAUCAGAUUUGCACAGCGUCACCUUUCCAGGGCCAUUUACUCGUGGUACUAUCCAUCAUCAGAUUUACCUUGUUUUAUCACACCCUAAAAUGUAGUGCAGAAAUGAAAUAAUGCAGGUGUUUGAAAUGUACCUCAACCUGUACCUUACCUCACCUCAUGAGAUGAUCCUACAAAACAAUUUAAAACUGCAAAAGCCCUUUCAUAUUUAAAACCAGAUUAGAUAAUUCCCCCCUCCAGUUUCUACCUUGAGUAUCUGCCAAGUUAGGGUUUCAGUCUGUGAAGAUUACUAUCAGUCAUUUUACAGGCUCCACCCUGAUGGAUAAUUCCUGUUUCUCUAUCCCUGAUUUAGCAAAGCGAACAUCGGUAAUGUUGAGGGGGAGUGGACAGUAGUGGGGAGCAGUGGUUACAGUGGAGUUUUUCUUACCAGGUCUGAUUGCAUUACUUGUAUAGUGUUUGUUCUUGCCCAGUUCUUGUACAUCAACUAUAUCAUGAUCACAUCUGUAUGACAGGGCAGGGUGAGAGGAGCACUGUGGUAAUCUGUACUAACAUCCGGUCAUUCAGUUCUCAGUUUCAGAAACGUCUCCAUUCCAACAAUAACAUCAGAAUACACAGAGAACAACAAAUAUUCUUGAAAAUCAGUGUGAAAAUUGAACAAGAGAAACAGCUGGAGAGAGUAUAAAGGAAGGAGUAUCAAAAAGAAUAUCAAAGCGAGGGACUUGCUGAAGGGAAUACUGGAAAGACAAAAUACCAGUAGAACAGAAACCACACAGGCAGGUUUAUCAAAAAAGUGAAUAACAGAGGGAGAAAUACUGAUCAGAGGCAAUAGUGUAAGAAGAGCAUUUUAGGCAGAAGUGACUAUUGAAGGAACAGGGUUAUGAAGGGGAAAACGAAGUUGGAAUUCUUUGUAGAGUAUAUAGCUGAGGGUGGGGUUAAUGAAUGAAGAAACUGUCACAGGAGCAAAUGUUGGAAGAGAAUAAAAAGAUAGAAUACAAGAUGGAGUGUGGAUUGGAACAGGGAAAUGACAGAGGGGUGCCUUGGGUUUAAAUUACAGAUGAGAAACAGGUCCUCCACUUAUUUGUGGGAGAUUCACAUAUGGACAGUUGCUCCAAACUUGCACAUCUGAUUUUGGGAGAAGGCUCUUUUGGGUCAAAAUAAGAGUACAGGUACUGGUGUAUCAAUUCUUCAUCCUGAAUAUGUCUGACAAGGCACUGUCUAUAUUUGCCAUCAAUGGUCCAAAGCAGAGGUUUAUUACCAUGGCUGUUAUUCGUUGACACUUCACUAAAGGAACUAAUCAUGUGAUGCAAGUGAAUAAUAGAACAUCAUGCACAUGCAGAGAAAUAUGUUAAAUUAAUCUACCUUAUUUCUAUUUUUCAAUGCAGAACUGGUGUGAAAAUAAAUCAACUGAAUUGUUGGCCCUUUUAUACAUCUGUGGGAUGAAUCAAUCGCAUAUUUACAUGAUCUGGGCUUAGUUCAAUUCCACUCAAAAUCAAACAAAACCCACUCAAUUUAGAUUAACUCCAUAAUUAUCUCAUUACCUAUUUAUCAUUAGUUUUAUUUUAUGCAUUUUUAAACUGGUUUAUUUUCUCACGCUAUUCUUUUAAAUCCCAAAUGUGUACCCAGUUCCAGUUGCUGCCAGGAUCAGCCACAAUGCACUGUUAUUUCUUUCACCUCUUGAAUCGAAAGGCUAUGGGAUUGAGUCCACGCCAGAGUCAAAAUCUAGAUUAAUACUUCAUUGUUGUUGUACUGAGCGAGCUCUGUACCAUCUGUGGGUGUUAAACAGGAAUGUCCAACUGCUGCCUGAGAUAGAAGCAUAGAAAAAAGGAGCAGGAGUAAGCCGUUCAGCCCAUUGACCCUGCCCCACCAUGCAAAAAGAUCAUGGCUGUUCUUCUGUCAUGUUGCCAUACUCCUAUGCUUUCCUUAUACCCCUGACAACUCUAGCUUCUAUAAAAAUCUAUCAUUUUUUAAAUGCAGUCAAUAGAUUUCAAAUAUCUCAUUGUUUGCUCUGACGAAAGCCAGGGCAGUUAUCCUGGUGUCCUAGAUAGCAUUUCUCUCUCAAGCAACAUAUUUUUUUAAAACUCAUUAGUAAUUUAUUGCACUGCUGUUUGUGAGAUCUUGCCUUGUACACAUUGAUUGCUGUAUAUUACAAGAGGGAAUACACUUUGAAUGUAAUGUGCUUGGAAUAUUCUGAGCUUAAGAAAGGUGCUUCUGAAGAAUAUUAUUCUUAUUCUUAAGAAUAUUCUUCAUUACCAGCAGAUGCCAGGCAUGGACUAUCCACUUUUUUUUGCUGUUGAUUCAGUUAAGUCUUUUCCAUCUGUUCAGCACUUCCUCCCCUCCCUUGCCCUCGAAAGCAGGAACUCACCACAUACAGAAUCAUGACCAUGAACUGGCGCCACCACAGAUUCUCCACCCGUCAUUCUUUGAUCCAGAUUAGAUUCUAAUCAGGGCUGUGGUAUAAAUACAGUAAAAGCGUCAGGUCAAGAAAUGAAUUGUCACUCCAUAUCAGAGAUACUGUGCCUCCGGCGUUCACACACAAACGAUCAAAGCUAGACAUUCAGGCUGUGGAGUGAUUGAACUCUUCCUCAUACCUGUCAUUAUUAAGUUGCCAAUACCAUGUUCGUCUUCCUGCACUGCAGUAAGUAAAUUGUGGCCUGAUUGCCUUUCACUGUAGCUGUAGAUUUGCUUGAAUACUAGAAGUGGCUGGCUUCUUGCAUUUUUGCAAUGAAAUGUUGAGCACUGUUUUUGCUGCUAGUUUUACUAGGUCGUUAUUCCAA